AGUUUCCUUAUGCUAAGUUCGACAGAUACAGACGUUGUUUCCGAAGCAGUAGGACUUCUCUAGUUUGCCGUCUGUAUCUGUCGAACUUAGCAUAAGGAAACUUUUGCUUUGAUCUCAUUUUGCAGAGGACACUUUGAACUAUCUACCUGUGAAAAAGAUCGAUAGACUACUAUGUGAAACCUAAACGGGAAGAAAAGAACACAAGUUUUUAUUUUUCUUGCUCUAGUUAUGUUCUCUGGGCAUUUCUUUCGUUCUGCGUUUGAAUUAGACUUUUAUCAUGAAAGACCAUUGAUUAGGAAAAAUUCUAAAAAAAAGUGCAAUGUUCAAAAUUUGACAGGAAUCUUUGAAGUAAUUAAUUUUUUUCUCAGUCAGAUAAUGCCUACAAGCCUAGAAAACUUCAGGAUAUAUGUUUCGACGUGUGCUCUACCAACUGGUACAGUGUGAGCGAAAUCUAAAUGGGAAGACCCCCCUUAAGUCUAACAUGCAGAAGUAAUAACUUUUAAUGAAAAUGUAAAAGAAGUGUUAUACGAUAAACUAAAGACAAUGCUUGGUUUAUUAGAUCUGCAGCGUUUAUUGUUUUUAUUUAUCUCAUAAAUAGGAAGUAAAAUGCUCGAUUGCUCGUUCGUUUUACAAUUUCUAGAAUCCUGAAAAAAUUCUUUGUCAAAUUCACCAAUCUUCAUCUUUCAGAAUAUUGGUGUAAAUUGAUGUAAUAUUGGUGGUCAAUAAAGUGAAAUUGUGUAGAUCAAUAUGAUCGGUACAGGCGGAAUUGUUAAAUAAUUCAAUUUCGUGGAUAGAAUGACUGCAAAAAAAGAUAGAGAAAUGUUUUUUCUAUGUCGUAACCUCGUUGGAUUCUUCACUGUAAGUUUAUUUUAAGAUCAAUUUAAAAGGUUUCAGAUGUUUCAGAAAGGAGAGAUUUUCUUUACUUUCUGGUAACUUUUUAAAUUAGUCCUGAAAUAAAUUCGAACUGAAAACUCCAGUAAUGUCACGUUAGAAAGAACAUUUCUCUAUCUUUUAUUUCAAUCAUCCUAUCUCGAAAUUGAAUUAUUUAACAAUUUCAUCUGUACCGAUCAUAUUGAUCUCCACAUUUCACCUUAUUGACCACCAAUUACAUCAAUUUACACCAAUCUGGCUUCGUACUGAGCUUUUUCUAAAAAAGAGGAAUUAAGGAGGAAACGCAAAAUCUUGAAAGGAGGAACGCCAUCAAAAAAGGAGGAUGUAAAUCCUAAGUUAAAAAUACUAAUUGCACAAAUGAAAUUGAAAAUGAAAGCAAACAGAUUAUGCAAUAUGUUUUGGCUUUCAGAGAAGAAAAUGGUUGUGUAUCACUGUUAACGGAGUUUUUUUAUGUCGUCUGCUUUUCUUAGGUGAUUUCUAUUUUGAUAUCUUUGAAAAAUUUUAUUUUAUAAAAUUGAGAGGAAGAAAAAAAAUAUCAAACACGUGCUAGAGAGAAUGAAUAGAAUCUUCUGAAUUCGAAAUGUGAAAAGAUAUUUAGAUAUACACGAUGAACAGAGAGAGAAAAAAGGAAAAUACAAGUUAAAAGAAUUAUUGCUGACACGACAGAUGAUGAUAGGAAGAUAGAUAACAGAGAUCUAGAAAAGGGAAAAAUGCACAUACCAAAUAGAGAACUACUGAUGACUCGCCAUGCAAUGAUACGAAAUUUCUAUUGACAUGACCACAAAAAUACUUAUAGUGCAAUAAGGAUCGAGGUCACGUUGUAACUAUCACUACAAGAACAGAUAGUACUACGUUCAUGGCAAUAUAAGAAGCAACGUAUGAUAACUAAAGCCUUAAGAAGGCUCUUUGAUUAAACGCUUUUGGAAAACUAGUCAUCAGGUCGCCGACGCAUUGUAUGUCGCUAGUUUAUCGGAAUGUGUCAAAUUAGACAACGUAGCGGCUGUUAAAGGAUAGAAACUAGCACUUAUAUCUCACAAAACUAAGUAUGAACUCUCAGAAAUUCCCAGAUCCCGGGUGUAUAAAAAAAGAAAUAUCUAUGCACUUCUAAUUCAAUUAAAAUUAUGAACUUUCGAAGAUUUUGCCGUUCUGCGGCACGAGAGUGGCUAACUUUCACAGUGCAUAGAUGGUUUAUGUGCUAUCCACUUCCAACGUGCUUGAUUUUAAGACAAAAGGAGUAUUAAAAAAGAAUAAAAAACAUUUUCCAAGACUAGUAACAGCUGCUACGCUUUAAUCCGUUCAAUUUUUUUUAUCUCCAGCAAUUCCGAUAAAGUCAUUUUCUAAACGUAUUUUUCAUAGUUGGAGACCUGAUGAUAGUCAACUUUGUCCAAAAAGGAGGAAAAGGAUGGGAGGAGAAAAUUGACAAAAGGAGGAGAACGGGUACGAUGCCAGAUACCAAUUGACAAUUAUCUAAAUAAACAAAUCAAUAUUUUGUGUUAUGAAAUUCAUUGACUAUGAAGAGAAAAGAGCACACAAAAAUCGUUGCCUAGUGUUCCUCGAUUUUCUAGUUAGUAAUUCUUAUCUUUUAUGCAGUUACUCAAAAAAACAGUCGCUACUUGAUUACUACUCACUUCCAUUUCCUAAUCGAUAGUUCUUUCGAACAAAACGUAUUUAGUCUAAAGUUCAAAAAUGACUCAGGUCGACGAAAGUUCAUCAUUAAUUGUUGUAAUAUGAGAAAAUAAAAUGAAGAAUGAAAAUAGUUACAUACCGGUUCUUUAUAAUGAUCAUAUUUUACUACUAAUAUAUCUUCAGCUGCUUCAUAAUGAUAAACAAGUUCUUGCAUAUUAAUGCAACCAUUCUAAAAGUAAAAUGUCUAAAGAAAUUAAAAUACACUUGUGUUAUUACAAUUGUCUUAUUUUCGGUUACUUUUAUUUUAAAUAUUUUACAAUUUCCUGUUUGUGUACAAACUAUUAAACAUAAUCCAUCAGAACUCCAUUCAAUCCUAACAAUGGUAGAUAUGACAUAGUUAUUAAAUGAAAAUGCCAUGGUUGUUCUAAUGCUAUAACAUAAACACAAAAUGCAAGUUUAUGAGGAUGACUAAAUACAAAGAAGAACACAUCACAACAUAUCAUUAUAAGACUGUCCAAAAAGUAAAAUACCUACGGUGAGCAACGUUUAAACUAUGUUCAAAUUUGUUUCAUCGCCUACAUAAUAAAUCGAGAAUGCUAACAGAUUACGAGAAGAUACGUCUGAGAAUAAUGUACGAUAAUAUUGAAGAUCAUCGGAGUUCAGUUUCAGAUUCACAGCAUAUCUAUACCAUAUCACAAAAAAACAUCUAAAACAAACAACCAAAUUAAAAGACGAAAGAGGAGAGAGUACAAUACUACGAUAAAGAGCAUCAUAAUAGAAUUUUAGCAAAAUUUACACACUUUGAUUUUAUUAUUCGAGCUUUCGAAAGGUUGCUUUUAUCAUCAGAAAAUUUAUUCAACUAAAUAUGCCCGCCGACUUUUUCAAUUAGUGUACAAAUCACAUUUUAGUUCUUUCUUUAUCUUUCUCCCUUAUAUAUAUUGAACCUACUUCUCAAUAGUUCUGUCAUUUUGUUUUUCUGACGAACGCAACAUUUUGUUUCCUGAUCAAAGCAGAACCUUUCGAAAGCUCGAAUAAUAAAAUUAAUUGUACUGCUAUAAGAUCAUCGUAAUAGAAUUUUAGCAAAAUUCACACACUUUAAUUUUAUUAUUCGAGCUUUCGAAAGGUUCUGCUUUGAUCAGGAAACAAAAUGUUGCGUUCGUCAGGAAAACAAAAUGACAGAACUAUUGAGAAGUAGGUUCAAUAUAUAUAAGGGAGAAAGAUAAAGAAAGAACUAAAAUGUGAUUUGUAAUUGUCAAAUGAACGACAUGCACUCUUAAUAUUAUUAUUAUGAUGAUGAUAGUGAUACUAAAUGAAAGCUCAAUUGAUAUUAAGAGAAGAAAAUUUAUUACAGAAGUAGACAACAGUAAUUACUAGAGCAUAGUCAUUUGUAUAGUGAAUGUCUUUUAGCAUUUUGACUAUAGUUUAGAUCUAGUAUCAUCUCACUUGUCAUUUAAUUCACUUUUUGUUUUAAAUGAAUGAAAAAAUAACUAUUUUUGUUAAUAAAUACUGUCACCAUUUUUCUUUCUUGUAUGAGUUUUUUCUUAUAACAGACAUAUUAUCACAUUUUAUUAUUUUGUCUCAUCCUGCUAUAUCAGAUAAGAGUUUACUCUUAUUUCAUCCUUGCAUUUUUUCUACAACAUUGUAAUUCAUAAUUGAUAAAAUAGUAACAGCAGCUGAUUUGAAAUUCAUAUUUAUUUAAUUGAUACCCCUGAACAAGUACAAUGUUUCACAGUAUUUAUGACAGCAUUAUGGGGUCUUAACUGUUCAAUUAAAUAAAUAUGAAUUUUAAAUCAGUUGCUGUUACUAUUUUAUCAGUUCUAAAAUUUCUACCCCUGAACAAGUACAAUGUUUCAUUGUAAUUCAUUUUUUUUCAAAAAACAAAAAGAUAUCGUUUAUAAUUAGAAUACAUAAGUGAAGAUGAACAUAAUCUCAAGUGAUCUCAAUAUACAUUUUUCAUAUUUUAAAUUGUACAGGAUUGCAUUCUAAAAAUUAAUUCUAGAUGAUAUGUUCUGAAGACAUAAAUUAUUCACUUCUAUAUAGUGUUUUAUUACUCCUUUAUACAAUUAAUGAUGAUAAUUUUGCUAUUAUCGAUUUCAAUACUGAUGAUGAAGAUGAUAUAGAAUUAAUUAAACUAAGAUAUGGUACAAUCAAACUAUGUCGAUUUUUUUCUGACAUGCGUUAUCCACAAAUUAAAGUCAAAGUAUUUGACUCAUUUUUCAAUCAAGUAUAUAAAGAAUGUAAAAAUGUUGAAUAUAAUGGAAACAUCGUAGAUUUACGAUAUGAAUCUGGUAUAGAAUUUUGUGAAGCUCAAAAUUUUCAUCUAACAACUUCGGAUUGUUUCGAUUUUGAUGAAAAAGGUCUUACGAAAACAAUAUCAUUACUAAAUUAUUUUUUUAAAGAUAUUACUUUCAUUCUACAAAUAUUCAUCAAUAUUGUACAAUAA